AGGCACAACAACAGAAGUUGCGUGUGCACAGGUAGAGAACGUUGUUGCCUGUGGAGGUAACUUAUCGGUAUUGAAAAUGUCGAUAUUCACGCCAACCAACCAGAUUCGACUGACGAAUGUGGCAUAUGUCAGGAUGAAGAAGGGUGGAAAGCGAUUUGAAAUAGCCUGCUACAAGAAUAAAGUCAUGAGCUGGAGAUCCGGAGCGGAGAAGGAUUUAGAUGAAGUCCUACAGACAAGUACAGUGUUCAUCAAUGUGUCGAAGGGUCAGGUGGCAAAAAAGGAGGAUUUGUCCAAAGCAUUUGGGACAGACGACUUGACCGAAAUAUGCAAGCAAAUUUUGGCAAAAGGAGAACUUCAAGUGUCAGACAAAGAGCGACAGAGCCAGCUCGAGACAUCGUUCAGAGACAUCGCCACAAUAGUGGCCGAGAAGUGUGUGAAUCCGGAGACCAAGCGUCCAUACACUGUCAACCUCAUAGAAAGAGCCAUGAAGGACAUCCACUACUCAGUCAAAGCGAACAAGAGCACAAAACAGCAGGCUCUGGAGGUGAUCCGCCAGCUGAAGGAGUCCAUUCAGAUCCAGCGGGCUCACAUGCGUCUGCGCUUCAUCCUGCCCGCUAAAGAUGGCAAACGGAUCAAGGAGAAGCUCAAGCCCCUCCUCAAGGUGGUGGAGAGUGAGGACUUUGAUGACCAGCUGGAGAUGGUGGGUCUUAUUGAUCCAGGCUGCUUCCGGGAGAUUGACGAGCUGGUCCGCUGUGAGACCAAAGGCAAGGGCACUCUGGAGGUCCUCAGCCUCAAGGACGUGGAGGAGGGAGACGAGAAGCUGGAGUAGCGCAUCGCUUCCUCUCUCAGACCCCACUACACCGUCUGGCUGUGAGGAGGGUACACCUUUUAAUUUACUCCGUGUUGCUAAGGAAACCUAAUGUUAUCGCUUCUGCAAGGACCACUGUGGAAUAUGCUGUUAUUUUCUGUGAAAAUUGUACAAUGGCUUUUCAAAAGGGACAUAAUUAAAGAAGGAAAACAAAUGUGCUUCUCAGUGAUCAAUACUAGAAACUGAAUUCCCAGCAUGACUUCUUAAAAGAAUACACAACCUAACUGUGCCUUGCUGAAAAUCUUAUUACGCUCCAAAGAUGACUGGGCCGGAGAACAUGUCCACAGUUGUCGAAAGUCAGUGUGUGACCACAUAACAACGUUUGAGUGCUAGAUGAAGUGUUGAGGAGAUGUCACACUAAAAAGUGUUUGGUGAUUCAGUUAUUAAAAUGUGUAUUGCCAUGGAAAUAUGCCAUUGCUAUCACCACUUAAAGUGUAUGUGAAUCAAUAUUCAUUGUACUACAUGUACACUAUUACAUAUAUAUACACUAUUAAUUAAAAUUCGUUUGGAUAUAUCAA